AUGCGGAGACAAUACUGCUUCCAAAGCGAAGGAAAAGAGGGGGUGGAGGUGGGGCCCGAAGCGGCGGGGGGGGAUUGGGCGCGGGGAGAACCAAGGGUGGAGGAUUCGCUUGGGGCAUUGGUGGGGGGUUUUGAGUUGAGACUGGAGGGGGUGGCACGGCGCUCUGAGGUGGCGGGGGACGAAUGGGAGGAGGCGGGAUUUUCUUGGGGGGCGGAGGUGGGGAAAGCACGGCUUUGGGAGGGGGAGGGGCACCGCUUGGAGGAGGGUUGA